AUGAGUCUCACAAUCUCAACAAUCAAUGUGAGAAGUGUGAAGACUCUAGUGAGAGCUCAGAGCAUUUUAUCCCUGUUGAGCACUCUGAAUGCAGAUAUAUUUCUGCUGCAAGAGUGCUCCUUGCCUUUUUUAAAGAACUACAGCAAGUGGGAACAGAUGUGGACCCCGGGACCCUCCAUAUGGAGCGGGUCCAAUUUUAACAAAGCCGACUGGGUCGCCAUUUUAAUUAAAAAUCCACACGUUCUGGUGAAGGGCAGCACGGUGGUGAGACCCGGGCGGGCCCUUUUAACCCACUUGACCAUUUUAGACAGGGAUUUUAAUGUUCUAAAUGUUUAUGGUUUUAAUGAUAAACAUGACCGACACGACCUUUUAAUAGAACUGCAGCCCCACAUGCUAGGGAGGGCUCCCCUAGUGGUCGGAGGGGAUUUUAAUUGCGUUUUAAGCAGACAAGACAGAAAGAAGGUAGGGGAGGAUUUUAAUUUUGACAAAACAUCCGGGGUUUUAAACAACAUAAUUAAAGAUUUUAACUUAGUCGACUGUUACAGAAAAGUGCAUCCACGGGAGGAGGGCUUCACCUGGCACAGUGGUGACGGCGCCCGAGCCUCCCGUAUCGACUAUGUUUUAACGAGAGAUUGCCCGCCCACGGAUGCUACAUUGACCCCCCUCUUCUUUUCAGAUCACUGCAUGCUCUCCUGCACCCUUUCACUCCCCACAGGUGUGACGGUAGGUGGAGGGCUGUGGAGGCUGAACUGUUCCCUGUUACAGGAUGAGGAGAUAGUUAGAGAAUACAGGGAGCAGUUCAGCCUCUGGCAGACCCUCCAAGACUUUUACGAUACACGUGCACAAUGGUGGGAGAUGGUGAAGGGUAAGACCAAGACCUUUUUUAAGACUAAAGGUGUGGAGAGAGCGGUGUUUUAUUUCAUGUGGGGGUCCAAGUGGGAAAGACUAAGGAGGGAGGUCCUGAAGAAAAGACCUGAGAACGGAGGAAUGGGCCUCCCAGACCCCCACCUGUUUUUAGGAGCCCAUUUCACCGCCCUCCACAUCAGAUACGCGACGGCCCCAUCCAGAGACAGCAAGACAGCAGCCCUGGACCGGGAAGCAGUGAGCCCUGUUCCCGGCCUCACACUCAGUGAGGCCCAACAGGCUUGGAGGAACGCUGCCCACCCCGCCCUCCAGAACAAGCUGAAGGAUCUGGCGUGGAUGGCGCUCCAUGAGGUCCUCCCGGUCAGAGCCGUGAUGCACUCCCGGGGCAUGGCCAGAACCAACACCUGCCCGCGGCCAGGAUGCGGCCAACCUGAGACCGUGCGGCACCUGCUCUGGGAGUGCGGCGUGGCGAGGGACCUGUGGGCCGAUACCGGCCCCCUGCAAUGCCCGAGCCUGCCAGCAGGGGAGGUCCCCACAAGCUACCGACUAGUGGUCAGCGGGGUGGGCCAGGGCGCCACCACCAUCCCAGCCGCCGACUUCGCCGCGCUCUGGCUCACCCUAAACAGCACCAAAGCCGCACUGUGGACCUCCCGCAACCUGCUGGUGGGGAAGCGCGUGACGGUGCCCCUGCCAGCGUUACGGCGGCUGGUGACAUCUACGCGGCAGGAGGCGCCGCACGUCGCCAUUCGGAGGAGGGGGCCGGGGUCACAAACAGAAGGUUCCCGCCCCCCACGGCUGCUGGCUCCCGCCGAAGCACCCCCACCACUACCAUCACGGGACGGAGCAGCGGGCGGAGGGGAGGACCUCCACUGGGCGCAUCCGCGCUUGCCUCGCUUCUUCUGA